AUGACAUACGCCUAUCUGUUCAAGUACAUCAUCAUUGGAGAUACUGGGGUGGGCAAAUCGUGCCUCCUGCUACAAUUUACUGACAAGAGGUUCCAGCCUGUGCAUGACCUAACCAUUGGUGUGGAGUUUGGGGCCCGCUUCAUAUCCAUUGAGGGCAAGCAGAUAAAGCUCCAGAUUUGGGAUACAGCUGGGCAAGAAUCCUUCCGUUCUAUCACACGAUCCUAUUACCGUGGAGCUGCUGGGGUCCUGCUGGUGUAUGACAUAACCCGGAGAGAUACCUUUGAUCACCUGACAAGUUGGCUAGAAGAUGCCCAUCAGCAUUCGAACUCCAACAUGGUCAUCAUGCUGAUUGGGAACAAAAGUGAUCUGGAGAUGAGACGGGAAGUAAAGAAGGAAGAAGGAGAAGCUUUUGCCCGAAAACAUGGGCUCAUCUUCAUGGAAACAUCAGCAAAGACAGCAUCCAAUGUAGAAGAAGCCUUUGUUGAUACAGCCAAGGGGAUUUAUGUGAAGAUCCAAGAAGGAGUCUUUGACAUGAAUAAUGAGGCCAGUGGCAUUAAGAUCGGUCCUCAGCAUUCCCUGGCUGCUACUAUGCAUGCAGGGAACAAGGGAAGGAAGCAGUCUGGGGGAGGUUGUUGUUGA